GAGCCACCAACGAAAUUCUCGUGUCCAUGAGGGCGGCGUGGGAACGGGACAGCUCCAUGAAGGGAGUCCCGCUAAUGAAUCCCGCUAAAUCGUCGGUCCGUCCCGCUACCCUCUAAAUGUGGAAGGAGAAGGAGCCCCACGCCACCGAUCUCCGUCUUCGAUCGCCCGCACGUAGAGCAGCAUCAUCACGGCGCUAGUGCCAUGGAGCUGGUGUGCUGAGAGUUGCGCUUUUCCGUCGUAAUUUUGGUCAUGGCGGGGAGGGAUCGACCAGAGUCUUUGGAGGUCCGGCUGGUCGGAAGAACAUAGAGCCCCGAUUCGCACUUUCGCCGACUGAAUCGCUCGGUCUUCGCCGGAGUGGGCACUGUUAGUCAGCUCGCGGUGGGGGGCGGAAAGUCUUUUUCGGGAGAUCGCACGUGCUCUGAUGUGUCUUCGACUGAUUCGAGGCACCCCGACUCGAGUCUGGGCUUCUUCGCUUUCCAUCUUUACGGAGAAGAGGAAGCCUCGAGCCUUUGUCGUGGCCUCGAAUUCUGUCGAAGGCAGGGAGAGAUUGUGCUUCUCUCGGGGCUCGGCAGCUGCUCUCGGUUCUCGUCAGGCGAAGGGAGGCUUUGGGUUCUUCCGGCGCUUUGCGAUGAGUAGGGACGGCAUUAUGGAGAGCGGUGAUGUCUUGAAGGAUUCUGCGGGCAAGGGAAACUCUGUAGACGACGAGAGCAACACUAAUUCGAGACGAGAGCAACGUGGACUUGAGGUUCUCAAAUUUAUUGGGUGCGAGAUGGAUGAACUGACUGCAACGAGGUCGACGGCCAAAUUCGUCGUCUCGAAGAACUCCUGUCAGCCAUUCAAUGUUCUUCACGGAGGAAUAACAGCUUACAUUGCCGAGACUAUUGCCAGCGUGUCCGCGGGUAUAGCUUCGGGGUACCAACGUGUUGCGGGUAUAGAGCUCACUUGUUCUCACCUCAACUCUGUCCCUCUUGGGGCUGAAGUGGAAAUCACCGCUGUUCCUUUGCGAGUGGGGAAGAGAAUACAGGUAUGGGAGGUGAAAUUUGAGACCAUGAAAUCUGAGAGAAAAUCCAGCGAGUCCAGCGAUUCCAGCGAUUCCAGUACCACACCUCCAAAAAAAAUUCUGGCUGCGGUGUCCCGUGUGACACUAAUAGUGGGUCUGCCAAUAACCCCUGAUUCAAAACUGUGAAUAGUUCAAUCGCUGAUUGAAGUUUGUGCUAGUAUCAUUGCUUAAGGGUCGCGAAUGCGGUUCAUAGUAGAGGUAGGGUCAUUUAUAUUGGUCAGCACUUCAGUAUCUGGAGGAGCACAACUGCUGGCGAUGCGUGUUCAACUAGUGCCAAGAAAUACGCACUCUGGAUAUAGCUCAUAAGUUGAGGCCGACAUUUCAUACACCGAAGCGAGCACAGAAGGUUCCAAGAGCUAUUACUUUUCAGCUCGUACCAGCUCUGUCUCUCAUUGUUUGAAAGAAUGAAAGUUGUAAGGAGAUAUCUAGAUAUGUAUAGAGCUACAGUCAUCUCCUUGGUCUGACAAUACCAGUAAGAUUAUUGCUACCAACCGUGUAGAUAUAGGCGGGUGUUAAUAAUAAUGUACCAUCUGUUUAUAGAUUGCCCUUCUUGAUCCUUGGUGAGCUCUUUCUGGACUGUUUGCUUGCAAGCUUUGAUGUUGUGCAUCGACUCAUAGAUGAGGAUCAGUUUUGAGUUCAGUCAAUCCCUUGAGGCAUCGACGGAAAACCAUGUACAAUUGGUUUGUUAUUAUUCCUUUAACACUCUUUCUCCAAA